GCUCAAGUUGUCAUAAGUUAUUGACAAAAACAGCUGCAUUGUCGCACUUAUCCUUAACAGAAGAGCAGUGCAGCAAUGCGUAGUCUUAGAAUAUAUUUUUUAUGACGAUGGAUAAGCCAAAGAUAAGCACUUUUUAAAACGUUCAAAGUACUACUAUGAUGAUCCAUUAUUAAAAGUAGAAAUGAAUGAAACAGCUGUCACGCUCAAGAUCAAAUAAGAAUACGCCACGUCACGAAAAGCGACGAGUGGACGCAAUUACAUGAGCGCGUCAGCUUGCUUGACCACAGUUGAAAUUUUGGAGCUGACAGACCCCGCUAUCAACCCUCAGGUAUUGCUCUUCUGUUGACGAGGCUAAAUGAUGUCGGCUCCAGAGACGCACUCUGUGUUCGAUGCCACCCAGGACCUGGUUCUGAUGGGGGGCCUGAGGGAGAUCACUGAUCCCCACGCCCAGGGCCUGGGCCAGCACACAGAGACCAGUGCAGGCCGCAGAGAGUCUCCCCCUGGCUGCGAGGAGGUGAAUGGCGCCGGUGCGAGGCAGGCGAGUCCUGAGGGCGAGCAGAGCGGACUCACGGCUGUCAGAGAGGCCCGAGACGGCUCGCUGCCGGAGGUGUCGGACAGAAUGCUCUGCUCCACCUGCCAGUCGCCCUUCGACAGCCGGGAGGAGCAGACAGAGCACUACAAACUGGACUGGCACAGGUUCAACCUGAGGCUGAGGCUGGCCGGCAGGCCCCCCGUCACAGCGGAGGAGUUUGAGAGAAAAACGGGGACAGGUGACAUGUCCAGCAUCUCUGGCUCAGAUUCGGACUCUGACUCGGACUCUGACAGCGAUCAGGGUUUACGUGGAGACAGGGUGACCCCUGCGGGGUCGUGCAGCCCGGUGGAGACGGAGGCACCCGUGGGUCGUGCAUCCAGUAAGGUUGUGUUCCAGAACGCCCAGGGCCAGUUCCUAAGUGUGCAGCGCUGUAUUCUACAGGGCAAGAGGACUGUGGAAGGUGAGGAUGUGGAUCUGAUGACGUCUUUGCUGGCCUUGAGCAGUAAGAGUGUGUGGGUCAUCCUCAUGACUGGAGGAGGACACUUUGCCGGGGCAGUGUUCCGGGGGAAAGAGCUCCUGCAGCACAAGACGUUCCACCGCUACACGGUCAGAGCCAAACGCGGUACCGCUCAGGGCCUUCGAGACUCGCAGAACCGGAGCCACGCCCCUAAAUCAGCAGGCUCCACUCUCAGGAGGUAUAACGAAGCCGCCCUGGUGAAGGACAUCCAGGAGCUGCUGGAGAGCUGGGCGUCUCUGCUGCAGGAGGCGGGGGCCAUCUUCCUGCGGGCGCCCAGCUACAACAAGAGCAUGUUCUUCGGGGGCCGGACCCCGCCGCUGGACAAGAGGGACCCCCGUGUCCGCACGCUGCCCUUCGCCACGCGCCGCGCCACCUUCAGGGAGGUGCAGCGCGUCCACGACCUACUGGCCACACUCCACGUCUACGGUGGCGACGCUGAGCUCUCCAACAUCUUCACUCCCUCUAAGAAGGCGUGGAAGAGGAAGGCCAGAGCGGCAGCUGCCAUGACUACGGGCACAGAGACCACGGGUGAGCAGGUGAAGCCUCAGGGUGAGGAGGAAGAGGAGGAUGAGGAGUGCGGAGUGGAGCUGCGGACAGUGGAGGUCACGCUGGACACACUGGACCUGCGGGAGCACGAGCUCUACCCCGCCAGGAGGAGGCCCCGACGCCGCAGGAAGGACAAGCAGCCCAAACACAGAGCAGACACGCAGCAGAGCAGGGACACAGAGGGCAGCAGGUUGAGCCCUAAUGAGCAGGUAGAGGAGGGUGAUGAAGAGGAGGAAGAGGAGGCAGCCGCUCCCUCAGAGCCGUCAGACGAGCAGAAGAACAGCAAGGGCCGCGGCAAGAGGAAAAACAGGAGGGCGAAGGACAAACCACAGAAUGAACACAGACACACACAACCACAGGACGAUGAAGCACUGGAGGGUUGGGACUACAGCCUGAGGGACGCUCUGUUCACGGCGUGUAAGACGGGUGACCUUCAGUCCCUACACGCACUCCUGCAACUUCCUCCUCCGCUGGACGAGGAGGACCAAGAAGAGGAGGACGACGAGAGCAGGACAAGGGACGAUCAAUCAAAGGUCACAACGGCACUGACCUUUCUAAACCAACCCAUCGACCAAUCAGGGUUUACUCUGUUGCACGUGGCGUCAGCGGCUGGUCAGAAGGCCGUGGCCACACUGCUGAUGGACAUCGGAUGUGACCCAGCCUGCAAAGAUAAGAAAGGCCAGACCCCGUACAUAGUGGCCCCUGAGAAGGACACAAGGAACAUGUUUCGCAAAUAUAUGGGAGACCAUCCGGACAAGUAUGACUACACUAAAGCACAGGUGCCAGGGCCUCUGACGGCCGAGAUCGAGGCCAAGAAGGCUGAGAAGAAGAAGGCCCUGAAGAUGGCCAAGAAACAGCGAGAGAAAGAACAGAGGGAGGUGAAGAGAAAAGAAGAGAUGGAGAAAGAGGAGAAGAAGCGUUUUGCGUCCCUGAGCGAUCGAGAGAAGCGGGCGUUGGCAGCGGAGAAGCGGCUGGCAGAGCAGAUGGCCUCCACUGGUGCCCCCAUCAGCAACGUCAAGCGGUGCUGGAUGUGUGGGGAGUCUCUGCAGGGCAAGGUGCCCUUCCAGUACCUGGACUUCUCCUUCUGCUCCCCGUGCUGCGUCCAGGCGCACCGCAAAGCCAACAACCCCACAGGGAAGCCAUGACCUUUAACCUCCUGACCUCUGACCCCUCACCUAACCAAUGACUCUCAAACUGAGUCACAGAAGUGAUAUGAUCCUGUACGCUCUACAACUGGAUGAAUCUCAAGAGUCCUCUGGACUGGAGACAUCUCUGUGAGUGAGUGAGUGAGUCUUUUAAUAAAGGAGCAGACUGAACUGCCACUCUUAAUCCAGCACAUUUCACAGAUACCUGUAGGACUGCCAUAAACUCCUUCUCCACCUCUCCAGUCAUCUUGGUCACACUCAGUUGACCCGGUCCUGUCUACUGGCCGCCCUCAUGUCUCCUGUGCUGACGUCAACAGCCUUCCAACCAGCUCACCUACAGACACUUAAACACCUUCAACAGCCUUCUGUCUGUGAAUACGCUCACCGCCGCUACAGCAGGACUGAUGAUGGUCAUCCUCAUCCUCCAGCUGCCAGGACUGACUGCAGACCCAGUGAAGACUUUAAAAAAACAGACAAUCCAGAGUGUCAGGUCCUACACUAUCACGUGCCGACCACUAUGACGUUCAGAUACUGUCUGGACAGAUACCAGCUGUAGUUUGCAUGUUUGUGUGUAUUGCUAAGCCUCAAUGUCUUAACUUUUUCCUGACGUCUCAGGUCUGUCGUGUCAUUGUCAUAUUUUAUUGAAAUGAACAGUUUCACACAGAAAGGAACUUAUUCAAAAAUCGGUUUAAUUCUAUCUCAAAUGAACAACAUAUUUACAAAAUCUUGUAUAUGAAAUGAGGAGAAGCACAGCAAACAUCAUGUUCAUGAUCACAACAGUUGAACAGCAGAGUUCCAGAACGAUGACACUUCCUGUAUCUCAGUGAGAGUUCCUGGCACAUCAGCCUGACGUGUGUCUCCAUACCUCACCAUACUCCUUACAAUUUGGUGUUGUCCAUUUGUAUAUUUCCCAGCCAGGGUCUCUUUCAACCACAAUGUUGAGACACGGUGAUAAGACUCCGUGGUGGUUGUUGAGAUGUAUAGUGCCACAUAACAUGAAUCAACCAGUGACUUACGGUUUACCUCUGAGGGGUCUCUCAUAAAGCAGCCUUGGUCAAUCCCAGCGUGUACACGCUUAAGAGCGUCCUCUAGUCUGGGGUGCCCACAGAUGCUGCUUUGAGAGAUAAACCCCCUUGGUCUUUUACAAUGUUUACAUGAAUUGUAUAAAGCUGCUUGAAAUGUGUCUGGAUGGAUUUGCUACAGAGAGAUGAAAAAAUAACCAAAAAUAAAUUAAUUAUUGAGCGCAGAAUCCUCAA